GAAUUAAACCUCUCUGGAAACACUGAGAGCUCACAACACAAUUGAUCUUGAGAACGUAACGGGGUUAAAAAUUGAGAAAAAAAAUGUGCAAUAGUGAUACAUCUCAAAUCAUAAUGACAAAUCAUGCUAUUAUAUUAUAUCUUCUCGCUUAGCACACUAAUAUUAUCCGUGGUUGUUUUGAUUUAUUCAAUUAAAACAAUUACACGUUUUAAAUUGGAAUUCAGAAUUCUCACAAAUGUUACACUGAACGUGUUAAACAAAUCUACUACGAUUGAAAGAAAUCUUAAUUUUGAGAUAAACCAAUCCGAUCAGGUGCAAGCUCACGUUUAUCUUCGGCCGUCCACCAGAUUUUCUGGAACUGAGAAUUCUAUUGAUCCAAUAUUCAGUCCUACUCAGCAUUCAAUUCUAUAUAUAGACCAGAGUACAUUGGGAUUCGCUCAACACAACAGUGGUGUGGAUAUAACACAAGAAGGGAUUAAUAUAUUAUUUUCUGGUUUGUACUUUAUAUACAGCAACGUAAACUUUAACCCUAACACAACCUGGUCUUCAACAUAUUUCACAUACCAGACGUGGUUUCAGUACGUCCGUAGACACUCUGCCAACAACCCAGUUUUAUCUGGUGUCUUGUUGAGGACAGUCCACACUACUUGUGACAACUGUACUAACAGCCAAGAAACUGCUUAUACAGGUGGGGUAUUCUAUCUACAAACCGGCGAUCUCAUUCAAGUGUGUGUGUCAGGUCAAGGACUUGUUGAUUUUGGACCUGAACAAACAUACCUCGGUCUUUUUCUACUGCAAUCUUAGUAUCAAAAACAAUGAAAACCCAAAACAAAGCGAGAAAAAGAAAUUUGGAGCCACCAGAAAUGCCAUACUGUGAGAGUCUAAGUAAAGUUAUCAAAAGUGACCAAACAGAUGUCUUUAAUUCAGUUGAGAAAUAUGACACACAUAAAGCAACAGGCAAUCAUGAAGCUGAGAUGUGCUAUGGAGGAGAAGCUGAUCUACACAAACAUGUUAAUGGCUGUAAGAAGAAUCCAGGUCACAAAGGUUUUAUACCUCUUAAAGAUUUCAACGCAAGUUGUCUCCCCUCACGUUUCCAUGACGACGACCUCAUGUCUGAGACAAUCAAAACACUGGCAGCCCUAACUGUGCAGGUCUAUGUAGGACAAUGGACACACAAACAUGAGAGGGAUGAUGACGAUGAUGAUGAUGAAACUUUGGCCAGGUACUGGUACACAACAUGUACAUGUCCAGGCUCCAGUGGAGCGUCUAUCUACAGGCUGGGACAUGUCGGGUGGCCGUACCACCAUCCCCACAGUGGAACAAACUCUGAAGGAAAUUAUUGUGGGGAGAUGUGGGACUGAUUUAACUGUUAGUUACAGUACAUUUUCAAGCUAUUGAAUGCAUUUAAUAUUGAUCAAAGUAAUAACAAGCUGAAAUGAUAAAUAUAUACUUGUGUAUACAUGUUUUUUAU